AUGGCUUCAGGUGAUCUAGUGGAUAUUACCACCGCUUGUUCUUCACAAGGGAAUUUCAAUGUCAAUGUCCUAGGAGUGGUGGUUGAUACUCUACCACUCUUUCGGACCAAAGGCUCGUCGGCAUGCAUCACAUUCACCAUCAAAGACUACGAUUUUGAUGGACCGACCUGGCAAGGUGGUCUCAAAGUCAAAUAUUUCAAUGAUGAUGAAAGUUACCUUCCCAAUGUCAAGCUCAAUGAUGUAGUCCUACUACGAAAUAUCCGGGUGACAAUCUACCAUAACAAACCCACAGGGGUAGUUUCUCAACAUUCCCAUGUGCCAUGGGUGAUUUUCCGACCGCAACCAAGUUUGAGCUCCAGCCCAUUCAUCACCAGUGGUCCUAUCCCUUUCGAGCCGAGUUUGAAGGAAAAGGACCAGGCACAAUCACUCCUGGAUCGCGUAUCUGCCGCAGGAAUCUCUGUGCCACAACCCACGCCACGCAGUGUACCCGCCUUUCAGCAGUCUUCUCAUGUUCAGGCUCCCGGCGCAGCCCCAAAAUUUGGAGGGUUACCAUGUAUUCCUAUUCAGUUUGCGAAGGUUCGCCUAUUGUGUCAGUUACUUGGCCAAGUUGUGAGCCUCAAUACUUAUGACAGUGAAAAAUCCGUACUGUACUUGACAGAUUUUACCGAGAAUGAGGAGCUUGUCAAUUACAAGAAACCCGGAGAAGAUGACGAGGAAUCAGGUCCUGAAGGGGACCGAUUUAAUUAUGUAAAAAAGACAAAGAACUGGCCAGGCCCAUGGGGCAAAUUGACCAUUCAAGUGACUUUAUGGGAGCCGCAUGCCACAUAUGCCCGAGAACACCUCAAGGCAGGUGAUAUCGCUCUAUUGACAUAUGCCCGGAUCAAGGAAGGCCGUGGUGGCUUGGAAGCUGCCGUUCAUGAAGACAGACGAUUUCCGGAGAAGAUUCAUGUCCGGAAGAUGAAUUCCAAUGACGAGCGUGUACAAGAAUUGAUGACCCGUCGGACCGAAUAUUGGAAGAUCCACGGCGAACCCAAGGCAGAUACCAAAAAGGCCAAAAAAAGGAACAAAAGAGUCGAGCAGAAAAAGGAAGCUCGGAAAGAAGAUGGCCAACUGACCAUGCCAGCAGCAUCACGAAUCAAGGUGAAUCAACAUGUCAAAACAAGAAAUUACACAGUGCCUACUCUCUCUCUCGAGAAGAUUUUGUUGGCAGAAACCCACAUAAACCAUGCCCCGGGCGGCAUUGUCUACCAACUCCCCUUUCAAAAUGUCAAUUACCACUCUCAAGUCCGGGUGGUUGACUUCUUUCCCCCAAGGGUAGAAGACUUUGCGAUUCAAACCACUAGCGCUCCCUUAUUCGGCAAUGAGAACGGCGCCAUCGAUCCUAAAUUUGGCUGGGAAUGGCGGUUUUGCCUUCUUGUGGAGGGGGUUGAGCCCAAACCUUCCAAACAACAGCCCCGAGAAGUGAUGAAGCUAUAUGUGUGCGGUCAAGAUGGUGAUUGUCUUCUUGACGAUGAUGCAUUCAACCUCCGCGACAACCCGCGGAGGCUGGAAGCGAUCAAAGAAAAGCUUUUCCUCCUAUGGGGCAAUCUCGAGGAGGAAAAGUCGAAAGCCAUGGCUUCUGGUCAACAGAGUUGGGGACCAGUAAAGUCCUGCCCAUUCGAGUGUUGCAUCAAGGAAUAUGGCGUUCAGUGCACCCAUGACAAAGAUCCCAAUGUCAUGGAUGUCGACGGCGAGGUAUGCACUCACCCUGAUUGCUUUGGAUGGGAGAGACGAUUUGCCAUGUUCGGCACGACUAUCCACACAUGA